AUGGGAAGAAAAAAACAAGGAGAUAAAAAGGAUAACAAAGGAAAGAAAAAUGUGAAGAACAAGUUGGGAUAUGCGCGAGCAGAACACCUACAUCGAUGCGCUCUUUUUCUUUCGAACCUCGGCUCCAAAAACAACGAUGGAUUUUCAAAAACCAGUCGACAUAUUUCAAAGCUAUGUCGCCAGGUAAUGGACACCGAAAUGGUUCAUUUGGAGCGAGAGCAAAAGCAGCAAUUUUGUAAAAAUUGUCGAGAAGUUUUAAUAGGAAAUUACGAAAAAACCGAGAUAUCAGUCAAACAAAGAGGAUCGAUCACUGAAAAGUGUGGAAAUUGCCAUAGAGAACGAAAUUAUAUGACAAAAGACGGGUACGGAAAGCAACUUAAAGAACGGAUGGAUUUAAAAUGUGCUAAAUAA